UUAAAGGAAAAUGAGGUAAAGUUUAAAAGCCCCCGGAGGAGAGAAUAAACGGACCGUUAAUAUUUUUCCACCCCUCCCCCAAUAUUUAAAAAAAAAGUCCUUCGGGCGGACGGGACGGGCGAAAAUCUGAGGCGGGGAGGGGGAAGGGGGGGGGGAGGAAAAGAGGCGCGAAAAGUUUUUAACCGACCGGAAACUUUCGAGGGGCAAAUAAUUUUAAAGAUCCGCCGGUCGAAGGGAGAGAGAGAGAGGUCCGCUCACCGAGAUGAGCGGGGCUCCCGAGACCAAACUGCCCCGCUUGGAGGCGCCGGAAUCGGGCGACAAGUCGACGACGACGACGACGACGACGGCGGCGGCGGCGGCGGCGGCGGGCGAGCAGGCCAAGGCCGCGGGGGCUGCCGCGCAUGCGCCGGCCGCCGAGGGGGCGGGGCCGGCCGCCGUUGCCCAGGCGACCGUGGGCGCUGCGUCCUCGGCGGUGGUGGUCGUGGCGGGUGGGGGAGGAGGAGCAGGAGGAGAGUUGGCCACGCCCCUCGCCGUCGCCCGGGAGACGCAGCGCGCCCUCGAGGCGGUGGACGCGUGCCAGCGCGAGCUGGAGGCGCUGAACGAGCGCGCGAGCGAGGAGAUCCUGCGCGUGGAGCGGCGCUACGGCGAGUUGCGGCGGCCGCACCUGGAGCGGCGCAACCGGCUGAUCGAGGACAUCCCCGGCUUCUGGGUCACCGCCUUCCUCAAUCACCCGCAGCUCUCUGCUCUCAUUGAUGAGAAUGAUGAGGAGGUCUUUAACUAUAUGAUGAGGCUAGAGGUCGAGGAAUUUGAAGACAUCAAGUCCGGCUACAGAAUCAAGUUCAACUUCAGCGAGAACCCUUACUUCGAGAAUAACCUCAUUAUCAAAGAAUUCCACCUGGGGACUGGAGGGAAGCCGGUAUCCCAGUCCACGCCCAUCAAAUGGAAGAAGGGCAUGGAUUUGACGGCUCUGAGCAAGGGUCUGCAUGAGAAGGGUCGGAAGCGAGGGCAUCGCAGUUUCUUCGCCUGGUUCACAGAGCACCGGAACCCCACCACGGAUGAAAUCGCCGAGGUGCUGAAAGAUGAUAUGUGGCCAAACCCCCUGCAAUACUUCCUGAUCGCCGAGAGUGAGAGCGGGGAGAACGGCCUGGAUGACAGCGACGAAGAGAACGGGGAUGACUCAGUGGUUAUCGUGGACGAGGACGAGGACGAGGAGGAGGACGAGGACGAGGACGAGGACGACGACGAGGUGCAGGAGAUCGUGGACGAGGAGGACGAGGAGGAAGGAUCAGAGGAUGACGUGGAGGAGAUUGACGAUGGCGAGGAAGUGGAAGAGGAGGGGGUCGAGCUGGAAGGGGAGGAGGACGAAGCCAAGGAAGGUGGUGAUGGAUAAAGGCUGCCUUCUCCCGCCCUCCUCUUAUCCCUUUGCCCUUUCCAAAAAAAAAAAAGCAAAAUAGCUGAAAAACGGGUGCAUUCGCUGGUGUGUCUGUGUGUGUGAGCGAGAGAGAGAGUGUGGGUGUGCGUGUAGACCCCCCCUCGUAUUCCAGAGAGAAAGAGGGACCCACUGGGACUCCAGAGCUUAGCCCGAGUGUGUGGGAACCAGCAUUCGUUCAGUUCUCUCCUUUUUUGUUAAAGCUUCUUACCUUCCUAAACCCCCUCCCCCUCUCACACCCUGGAGCAUUCAGCUGAGGUUCCCACUCCUGAUCACUCUGCGGUGGGUAUGUGUGUGUGUGUGUCCCGCACCUGCCUUUCCUGCCAGGAGUCUGGCGCUGGAUUCUGCCGGUAUCGUGCUCCACUGUGAUGCCCACACGACCGACCAGCCCGCCUCGAGCGUGCGCGGGAGGGCACACCACACACCCCCCCCCCCGCCGUGUAAAUAACUGGCCCCUGAGGUGCCAGGCCAGAGGUUCGUGGAGCUGUUUCCCAGAAGUCCUUCCCUCACCCUCACGUUCACCGACGGCACGUGUCAAUGCACAGGUUGUAUCGAGUCGGGGGGGGCGGGGAGCGUGAGCCUUGGGAGACUCUGCACUCGUUAGCUCUGCUUAUGGUGUUCCCUCUUUUCAAUAUGCAAGAUAAUACAAAGGAGGUGAUUGUUCGGGCUGUGCAGAGGGAGCUUCACCACCCCCCACGCGCCCCCCCCGUUGAACCUGAUCCCCGAGAUCUCUCUAUGCACAUGUCUGUGUCUCAAACGAACGGUGUCGAUUCCCACCGUCCUGUGUGAGGAGGGAGGUUAUAUGUCCAGCGUUCACGGCUCUCUUUCCCAUCCCCCAUCCCCCGCCCCUGACCCCAGUAUUUCCCCCCCCCCCCCCACCCCCGCCGCUGCCGUGUUAGUAAUUCAGAUCUCCGUUGGUUUUUUUCUUCCUUAAUCUUAUCUUUGUUUGUUUUCUUCAGCGAAGGUUCAGUUUCGUACCAGUUAGAUAGCUGCCCGAGUGGACGCUGCGAUCUCUCCCCUCCUCACAGCCCCCGCACACUUCCUGCAGCUCCAGUGGUAACGUGGCUGGUCCACUGGGCAUGGUGGGAAAUGCAGUGGUGGUUCGGAACCCCCCCCACCCCACCCCGCCCCUACCCUGUCUGCUGCUGCAUGACCACCCCCCCUCCCGGAGGGGAGGCAGCGACCCACACAAGCUUGGUGCCUGGAGUAGAGGGGAGUUUGGGGUCCGCGGUUAGGAGCAUUCAAUCGCGGGCGACAGACGCGCUCAUUUCAGCUGAGUCGGGAGGACGCACGUUGACUGGCUUUCUCAUCCUCGGGAUGGUAACAGAGAGUGGGGGGGGGUGGUUGUCGAUCAGCUUGGCCCAUCGCCAGGCAUGCAGGCGCCAAAGUCCCCCAACCCUGCUGACACUUCAGUAAACUCCGAGCGGCUGAAAAGGUUCAUUUGGUUUCCCCCACCUUGCCUCGUGCAAGUAACGUCUGACAGUCCUGCACCACAGCCUCCGGCUGCAAUAAUGGCCUUCCCGACCCCUGCAGCCAUGAUGAAGGUGGUGUUGGGGAGGAGGAGGAAGGUUACGCACUCUGCCCCCUGACCUGCGGCACCUGGCCGCCGCCGAGGUCACGUUAAGGGAGACCACCCCCCCCCCACUGUUCUUGCGGCGAGCAGCUGCUUGACCGACUGACGCCGGGCGGCAAACAUACCCCACGUUUGUUUAGGGCGCAGCCCAGCUGGCGGCCUGCCGAAACAAAGGCUGUCCUUGGCCCCUGCUGGAAAUCCACAGGGCAGCCCAUGUCGUAUCCCUCAAUCGCUGCAGCAGCCGCCGCCGAUUUAAAAACCCACCUCCCUGUCGGGAGAGGCUCCUGUCAGUGAAACUCGUCCCCACCUUUGGUCUGCUCUAAACAAAAAAGAAAAAGAGUUUAGCUCCCUCACCACCAUAGCUGGCCGCUCUUUCCCACAGGGUGCUUCUUCCUGCUCUCAUCCUGAGUGGGAGUGUGUGCCUGCCUGCCUGCAUGUGUGCAUGGGUGGGUGGGUGGGUGCGCAUUCAUGGCUGCUGCUUUUUCUACAGAGUGUACAUAACCAGUACAGAUUGCACAGGCAGCUGCCCAACCCCAACCUGGGACAAGCCAACAUGCACCUGAGGCCGUAGGCGGCUGUUGGGUCGGGGCGGGGGGGGGGGUGCAGUUUGGCCUGUCAAACGGGUGGUGGGGUUGGAGUUUCCCCUAGGGUCAUGCUGUUGCGGGUUAGUCUUUGACAGACUGAGCGCGAUGCGUUUUGGGGCUAAAUGACCCUGUUCCAAAAGUGUCUCGACCCAGGGCGUGACACAUCCCUUCAUUCAUCGUUAAUCGAUGCAAGUUGCUCCCUGGGGUUUGGACCACAGACAGCCUUACUGACCUCAGUUUUACCCUCCUGCCCUGGGAGUGUUUGACGAGGACAGUGUAGAGGGAGCUUUGCUCUGUAUCUAACCCCGUGCUGUACCUGUCCUGGGAGUGUUUGACGAGGACAGUGUAGAGGGAGCUUUGCUCUGUAUCUAA